UGUGUGACACUAAGUUCAGAACUACCAGUAUCUAUAAACGUUGGAACAGCUCAAGGCGACGAACGAUGGCAGACGACGAAUGCAGCCCGGACGAGAAGUGGGUCUUCUACCGGGACCGGCCUGAUUGGAAAGACGUGAUGCCUGUUCCUCAAGACGACGGCGACCACCCGGUAGUGCGAAUCGCUUACUCGGAACAGUUCCGCGAUGUGUUCGAUUACUUCCGCGCCGUGCUCCGCUCCAACGAGCGCAGCGAGCGGGCCCUGGAGCUUGUCACCGACGCCGCCUCGGUGAACCCCUCCAACUACACCGUGUGGCACUAUCGCCGGCUCCUGCUCAAGGACCUGGGUGUUGACCUGCGCUCCGAGCUCAAUUACAUACACGGGGUCAUUGAGGAUAACCCCAAGAACUACCAGGUGUGGCACCACCGGCGUGUUGUGGUGGAAUGGCUUCAAGAUGGCUCGGGAGAGAAGGCCUUCACUGAGGGGAUCCUGGACUUGGAUGCCAAGAACUACCAUGCCUGGCAGCACCGCCAGUGGGCCUUGGCCGAGUUUGGCCUGUGGGACCGGGAGCUGGACUUUACCACGCAACUGCUCAGUAAUGAUGUGCGCAACAACUCAGCCUGGAACCAGCGCUUCUUUGUGAUCAGCCAAACGGUUGGGUUCACUGAUGAAGUGGUGGAGCGCGAGUGUGGCUAUGUCAUGGAGUGCAUCUGCAAGGCACCACACAAUGAGAGCCCCUGGAACUAUUUGCGUGGUGUGAUUGAUGCUGCGGGAGGUGCUGAACGGCCUGAGGUGCGGGAUUUCUGUGAGAGGCUCUACAAGGACGGUUGCCGCGUGGCCUACCUGCUGACCUUCAUGGUGGACUCGCUGGCUGGUCGUCUAGAGGCUGAGCCAGAGCUACUUGGACUAGCGCUUGAACUGUGCCAGACAUUGGCACACAAGCAGGACGUCAUUCGGUGCCAGUACUGGAAUUUCAUGGCUCGUGGCCUCGAAGCCCAGCGUGGACAGAGAGGCAUUGAGUGAUUGCAUUGGUGAAAAAUUGUAGAUGCCAGAGAAGGUGUGGGUGCAGACAGCAGAGUGACGUGCACAUCACUCUAUGUUUUGUUCUGGUGUUUGUUUUGUGCAAAUUAGGUUUCACGAUAGUUUACUCUAUAUUCUUAGAAAAGCUAAUCUUUCAUGUUCGUGCAUGUCGACGAGAGAACAAUGGCAGACACAACACAGUGGCUAUAUAUAAACAAAUUAGAUCAAAAUGAUGCACACUGCUGUGCUACUGGUUCUGUAGCCCGCAAGAGUGUGCAUUGAGGGUGGAGUUAUGCGGAACAAGGGUGGCCUUUCUGUAAACUGACAUUGACACAUUUACCAAAUUGGCUCAUCCAUUCACAUGUGGCAGCUGCACAUUCAUGCCACAGCAUAAGUUCUAAUGAGCACAUCACUAAAAGUAUCCACUUCCACUGUUCAUGAAAAAUCGCAGAGUAGGCACAAAAACGCAAUGUUUCAAUUAUAUGGCUUCCAGUCCAUCACAUAAGCAGUCAGUGCAGCCUUGUCCUAUGGAGGGAGAUCGCCAAGCAUAGCAACAAGUGGAAAGCAGGGUGUUUUUCCUACUCUUAUGCAAUGCAGUGGGAAGGGUCAAAGGCAAACCACAUUUGGGCAGCCUACAAGGCAGCAAAUGAAGUUGGGAUUGCUCACUCAAGUUUAAAUGCAUGAGGACCAUCGCUGAGAAUGGCACUUGCUGUUUGUGGCCAACCUUCCACAUUGCUCUGCUAUAUUGUAGUACUUUCACAGUGAAUGGCUGUUCAAGAUUGUCAAGUUAUUGUUUGAAUUGAAUCAAACUGAAUUAAAUACUAAUAGUCUGCUUUGGGUACAACUA